AUACAGUCUUAAUCGGUAGCGGUCCGAUCGGAGCUGUUACGUUCCUUACGUAGUCUUUCGGGUCUACCGUCGCUAUUAGCCUGCGUCGUGUAGCGGGCUCUCAGGGUCUUAGGCGCCGUGUUUAGCUAGUAGUUUAAGGAACAAUGAGCAUGGCCCUGAAAAGCGCGGCAGGGUUCUCCCUGGGUGCGGGGCGCCUCCUGCCUUGCCUCAACGCCCAGCUCUCCCGGGAACUCCAGGCUCUUGCGGGACCUGGCCGUGAUGAGAAGUCCACCGAGGUGUCUACUAUGGGUCCUGUGCAGCUGCAGCAGGAAGUUCGGAGCAAUGCAAGCAUUGCCACCUGCGGGAAGCUUGGCCUGGGCUUCGCCGCGCAGCUGGCGGCACAGCAGCCAGCCGUUCCGGUCCUAGCUGCUGCUGUUAAGGCAUGCGGCUCGCGGUCUAGCCCGCUGCUCCCGGCGAGGCCCGCUCGCCGGUCGCUGCUGCCUGGAAUGCCCCGCAUGGGCGCUUCCCUGACCCAGAGCCGCGCCUACAACGCCUGGUCUCCUGCUCAGCGCUACUUCGUGGAGGGCGACCACGUGGUGGCUGCGGAGGCGAGCCGCACCUUCCAGUUCACAGGUCUGGACUCUGGCGGCUUCUACCCGUACGUCAUCUCGACCGCCAUCUACACCGCCAUCGCCACCGUGUUCAUCGUGCUGCCGCUGGUGGUGGCGCCCUCGCGUGUGGACCUGGACAAGUCGUCCGCGUACGAGUGCGGCUUCGACGCGUUCGGCGAGGCCCGCCAGACGUUCAGCGUGUCCUUCUACCUGGUGUCCAUCAUGUACCUGCUGUUCGACAUUGAGAUUGCGUACCUCUUCCCCUACGCCAUGACGCACGCCAGCCUGCCCAUGUACUGGACCAUGAACCUCUUCCUGGCCAUCCUGGUGGCGGGCUUCGCGUACGAGUGGGGCAUGGGUGCCCUGGAGUGGCGCGAGUAAAGAAGCAGCUGCUCCGUAGCGGGGCUGCUCUGUGAUGCGGUCGGGGCCCGGUGCCACAGGGUGUAUCGCGGUUCGCGCGGACCACCUGCGUGGUCUAGGGCAGGGCUGCCUACAGGCAGAGGCGGCCAUCUUCGGGUUCUGAUGUCUGGAUGCAGAAGCGUCGCCGUUGCUGGUUGGUGAGCUGGGCCUGGCUGGGGUGUGCGUGCGUACGGGCGUGAUGCUUUCCAAUGGGUCGGCGUCCUGAGGGGCUCGCCCGCAGCUUAUAUUGUGUGGUAGCUGUGUGCUAUGACUUGUGCUGUGUGGAUGGAAAUGGAUUUGUUUUCGUGUCCAUUCGCGCUUUAGGUUAAUACCGUUAGCAACCGUCCAGGGUAGAGGGUGGCGUUCCAUAGGGUGGAAUCUCAUGGUGGCUGCUUUGGGUUUGCUGUCGGUUGCCGUCAGUUCUGUACCGAGCGUGAAGAGGGGGCUUGCGAGACAUGUGACAGCUGAGCGACGUACGAACUGGCGGUGGCCCGAUAAAGCUCCAGGGUACGUGUGUAAAGCGAUGUUUCCA